CAACAAAAAAGUCCAUUUUCACGAUCAGAGCACGGCAUUCGUCGACCCACCAAACUCACCGUUGCGAUUGGGACGGGUCCCCCUCUGUAUCGCAACACCACCUGCUUCGAAAUGACAAAACUUGCUCCGCUUCUUCGGUUAUUGUGGUUCUUGGUUCGUUGCAUUCUUGUCGGUGCAGCCGCAACGGAAGGCGACGACUUUGCCAUCGCCGGAUACUUGCCCGAUUAUCGCCUCCGAACGUACCUGGAUCAGACGCAGCAGUGGAACGGAAAUUCUAAGAAACCGAAUCCGAAACGCCGGGAUUCUGGAUCGUCUGUCUUUGUCACGGAUCUCGUCCUCUUUUCUCUCCAGCCACACGCCAGGGGAUUCAUCGGGUGCUGCCUGCAGGAAGACCACUACGACUUGGUCGAGGAAUUCCUCAACAGCACCCUCCCGUCCUCGCCGUUUCCGGAAGCCCCGACGACCACCG